CCAAUCAGGAUACGUCUGCCAAUCACGUGGUUACUACGCACACUUUUCAAAUUUAAAAUCUGAUUAAUCGAAAAGAAAUUGAUUACUUGAUAAGUGUAGAUUUUUAUAUUUAGUAAGAGGGGAAAAACAGAGAAUGCCUUCAAGUAGAUAUUCUGUUUUAGAAAAUAAAUACAUUUUAAAGGAAACAAUUGGUUCAGGAGGCUUUGCUAAAGUUAAAUUAGCAAUACAUGUGUUAACGGGAGAGAAAGUUGCUAUUAAAAUUAUGAACAAAAAGUCUCUUGGGGAGGAUCUGCCUCGUGUGAAAUUAGAAAUCAAAGCACUGAAAGAUCUCAGUCAUCAACAUAUUUGCAAAUUGUAUGAAGUAAUAGAAACACAAAAUGAAAUAUUUCUUAUUCUAGAGUAUUGUCCAGGUGGAGAGUUGUUUGAUUAUAUAGUAGUAAAAGAUAAGUUAGGAGAAAAAGAAGCAAGGCAUUUCUUUCGCCAAAUUGUUUCUGCCAUUGCUUAUAUUCAUAAUGAAGGUUAUGCUCAUAGGGACCUCAAACCUGAAAAUCUUCUUUUGGAUGAAGAUCAGAAUUUAAAAUUGAUUGAUUUUGGAUUAUGUGCAAGACCAAAAGGUGGAAUGACAAGUCAUUUGGCAACAUGUUGUGGAAGUCCAGCUUAUGCAGCACCAGAACUUAUCAGUGGAAAACAGUAUUUUGGAAAUGAAGUUGAUAUAUGGAGUAUGGGAAUUCUUCUGUAUGCGUUAUUAUGUGGUUACCUUCCUUUUGAUGAUGAAAAUAUGUCUGUUUUAUAUCGAAAAAUUCAGAAUGGCAACUAUGUCUGUCCCUCUUGGUUGAGUAGUAGCAGUAGAGAAUUAAUUUCUGAAAUGCUUAGAAUUCAUCCCAAACAGAGAAUUACAGUGACUGCUCUCUUAUCUCAUCCAUGGUUAAUGCAGGGAUACGAAACACCUGUAAAAUGGAGAAGUAUCUAUAAGAAUGAUAUACUAGAUAGUGAAUGCAUUGAAGAAUUAGCAGUUUAUUUUAGAAAAUCCAGAAAAACAAUACAGUCAGAAUUAUCUGCAUGUAAAUUUGAUUAUUUAACUUCUACAUAUCUUCUGUUACUGUUGAAGAAACGCAAAGGUACAACUGUUCGUCUACCUCGUCCCUCAACUCCAUUGAGGACAUGCAACAGAAAUCUAGAUAUUCAAUUCUCUAAUUCUUCUCCACCAUGUCAUACUUCUCUAGAGAGUGGACUAGAUGAUGUUGAGCUGUUAAAAUUAGCCAGUCCUAUGAAAGAUUCAGCAAUUAACAAAGCAGAUAAAGAAAAUUUCCUAUUACCAUUGACUCCAACACCAAAAAAACAUAAAAAUAAAAUGCAACUAGUAACAGUUGAAGCUGGACUGCCGCCGUCUCAAACUGUGGAUGACUCCUUAAGCUGUAUUCAAACUUGUCUGACACCUUUAAAUGCGACAGGAGACAAAUCAAAUUGGUCAUCUUUGGAAACGGUGUUAAAAACUCCGGUGGUAAGUAUGCCAUCGACACCAAAAGAGUCGUCAGCCAGGAAGGUGUUUGGCAGCAUUGAAAAAGGGUUAGACAAAAUGAAAACUAUGCUAACACCAAGAAAACGUUUGGGCUCUUCAAACGGAGGCAGACCUCGAAAAGUAAAGACUUUUCACAACGUUUCCACAGUACCAGAAGGUAUUAAUGCCGAAAACAUACUUCUUUCAUUAAAGAAUGCUUUAUUUAGAAAGGGAAUACUCUGCAAACAAGAAGGAUACGUCCUGCGAGGUAAAGUACGUGAUUCCUUUGGAAGAACAAUGUUAACUUUUGAACUUGAAGUAUGUCUUCUGCAGAAACAGAAACUGUUGGGGAUUCGAAGGAAGCGAUUGAAAGGAGAUUCUUGGCAUUAUAAAAAAAUCUGCGAAGAGGUUUUGAGAUUAGCACAAUUGUAAUAUUUUACGAACUUUGUAAUGUGUAUAUAGAUAUUAGGUAAGGCCACCUUUUAGCACUUGUAAUUAAAUUUAAAUAUUAAUACUUAUGUAAUUGAAAGUCUCCAUUUUGGUUUUAAAAUUGACAAAUAUACUGUGCCUCUGGCAAGAUUUGAACCGUAAAGUAAAUAUUGUUCAUUACAACACCGAUUUACUUAAUUUUGUACUAACCGGUCUACAGUAUUAUGCAGUAAAAUUAUGUUACAAAUAUAUUAUCUUAUUAUGUAAUUAUGUGGAAAAUCCGUAUACUGAAUAAACUUAAAAACAAACUGAAAAA